AUGUUAUCGACUCCCCCGAUCCCCCGCUUCUCGCUGCGCGUGGUUGCGGACAAAACUUGGGAGCUUUCGGAUCUGUCUGCUUCGGUCCUUCGGGGGAGACCGGCAGGCCAGCCCAAAAUCCCCAACCCCCAGAUAGCCAAAGCGAUACAUCAUCGUGCGAGUCAUUCAUCGGCCGAUCGAUAUCAUCACAGACUUCCUCACAAACCGAUCCAAGAAAGCUCUCAACAAGCAACCAGCACCCACUAG